GUCUAUGGCUAGGCGUUCAUUUUCGUCAGACCUGCCGACUCACUGUAGAUCUUUAUGUCUGUGUGAGAACAGGAUUUCUGCAACGGUUUAAAUACCCACUCCAAGGAUUUCUCUUUAAACUGCAAUAUGCGUGAAUGUAUCAGCGUCCAUAUCGGCCAGGCUGGAGUCCAGAUCGGCAAUGCAUGCUGGGAGUUGUACUGUCUGGAGCACGGCAUCCAGCCUGAUGGUCAAAUGCCCGCGGACAAGACCAUCGGGGGUGUGGACGACUCCUUCAACACCUUCUUCAGCGAGACGGGGUCGGGGAAACACGUGCCCAGGGCAGUGUUUGUUGACCUGGAACCCACAGUUGUAGAUGAGGUCCGUACCGGCACCUACCGCCAGCUGUUCCACCCCGAGCAGCUCAUUACCGGCAAGGAGGACGCCGCCAACAACUACGCCCGUGGCCACUACACCAUCGGCAAAGAGAUCGUAGACCUAGUCCUUGACCGUAUCAGGAAGUUGGCUGACCAGUGCACUGGACUCCAGGGCUUCCUGCUGUUCCACAGCUUCGGUGGCGGCACCGGCUCCGGCUUCACGUCUCUGUUGAUGGAGAGACUGUCCGUCGACUACGGCAAGAAGUCCAAGUUAGAGUUUUCUGUCUACCCCGCUCCCCAGAUCUCUACUGCAGUCGUGGAGCCCUACAACUCCAUCCUGACCACCCACACCACCCUGGAACACUCCGACUGCGCCUUUAUGGUCGACAACGAGGCUAUAUACGACAUCUGCCGCCGUAACCUUGACAUUGAACGUCCUUCCUACACCAACUUGAACCGCCUAAUUGGUCAGAUCGUCAGCUCCAUCACUGCCUCUCUCCGUUUCGACGGUGCCCUGAACGUGGAUCUGACCGAGUUCCAGACCAACUUGGUGCCCUACCCACGUAUCCACUUCCCUCUGGCUACCUAUGCCCCAGUUAUCUCCGCCGAGAAGGCCUACCAUGAGCAACUGUCUGUGCCCGAAAUUACUAAUGCUUGUUUCGAGCCCGCGAACCAGAUGGUGAAAUGUGACCCACGUCACGGCAAAUACAUGGCUUGCUGUCUAUUGUACAGAGGUGAUGUUGUCCCCAAGGACGUCAACGCUGCCAUAGCCACCAUCAAGACCAAAAGAAGCAUCCAGUUCGUCGACUGGUGCCCUACUGGGUUCAAGGUUGGCAUCAACUACCAGCCUCCAACAGUUGUCCCCGGAGGUGACCUGGCCAAGGUCCAGAGAGCCGUCUGCAUGUUGAGCAACACCACCGCCAUCGCCGAGGCCUGGGCUCGUCUUGACCACAAGUUCGAUCUGAUGUACGCCAAGCGUGCCUUCGUCCACUGGUACGUGGGUGAGGGUAUGGAAGAGGGAGAGUUCUCCGAGGCCCGUGAGGACUUGGCUGCCCUGGAGAAGGACUACGAGGAGGUUGGAGUCGACUCCAUGGAAGGAGAAGCAGAAGGAGGGGAUGAAUAUUAAUUGUUGGAAAAGGUUGUGACGUAUACAUUCUUCCAUAUUGCAAUGCCGGGUAGUCCACAGUAUACGUCCGGUUAACCCAAAUGUAGGUCAAUCAUUCCUCAAUCAUCCAGUGUAUUGCGUUUCCAUUCGAUUAUGAUACACCCGCGAAGAUCCGGGUUAGAAUUGAUCUUCAGUGACCCAUGCUUGUCGCAUGUGACGACUAACGGGGUAGGGUUGUCAGGCUGGCUGACGUGGUUGACACAUGUCAUCGCAUCCCAUUUGCGUAGAUCGAUAUAUACCUUGGACCAAUUCACCGUGUUGGUUUAACCUAAUGUUUCACUUUAAACGACACUAUAUAUAAACGUUCAACUAAACAGCUCAGCUUGAGCUCUACAAUGCUCUACAGCUCAACCUGAGCUCUACAAUGCUCUACAGCUCAACUCUACAAUGAGUUAAACAAGAAACGGUGUCAGCAGUUCUCGUCUCAGUUUUUAGGUGUCGUCACAGAUUCAACCGGAAGGUAGGCAUUGGAGGUUCCCUCCAAAAUCUUCCAGCUUGAACAUCGUUUGUAACAGUGUGCGAAAUGUACGCUGGUCCUGUGGUCCCUGGAUAGUGAAAAUUCAUCAGGACCACUAAAUGAUAAAUUUGCAGUGGUCCUGGGUGCCAGGGAUUUUGUAUUGAACGUUAAGUUAUCUACAAAUGUUAGCUUGGACCAGUGAAGUACAGACAGGACCACUAAUUAUUGUCCACUCAGUGGUCCUCUAGUGGGAAAGUUUGAAAGUUUUCUAUCCGUGUUGCUAUAGUCUUGUGAGUUGUUUAAAUACACGCACUGCUGGCUCGA